CAUGCCCUAAUAACAAGAACAAGAACUUUGAUUUUGAAAGAAGAUUCCGUUGCAUUCGAUUCAACGUCUAGAAUCCGACAGUCUAAUGGAACACGAAGGGCAACGAAACUCCACAAGUCCAUCGGCGAUGCUCGCUGCCCUCCUGUGUAAAAGGUCUAAGCUUCAUGAAGAGCUACGAAGCAUUGAAAAACAGGUAUAUGAUAUGGAAACGAGUUAUUUACAGGAUCCAAGUCAAUGUGGAAAUGUAUUGAAAGGUUUUGAGGGGUUCCUAUCAUCAUCUAAGAGCACUACCCUCUUAAAGAGAUCAAGGAAGUUUCAACCAGAAGAUAGGCUCUUCUCUUUAUCAUCUGUCACCUCUCCAGCUGCUGAAGAACAUGCUUUUGGACGAGAUGGUGGAGGUUUACAUGCAAAUGGACAAGGGAAAGGGAGGAAGGGAAGAGCCGGGCAAAGAGAAGCGAAGAGAAUGAAGCAAUCCAAUGACGUUGAUUUUGACUACGAGGAUGAUGAAUUACUUUGAUCUGGUAACAUUCUGGAAUCAAUGCAGGUCGAGUUUCCUUUUUCUCUGGGUAGGGUGAUAUUAGAUAGAAAAAUAUUUUCUUCAUGACAAAACAUUCCUAUCUUUAGUCCAUUGAAGAAAAGCCCUUUGAAUGUCCUCUUAUUGGACUUGUUGAGUUGCAGUAUUAACAUGAAACCAUUCCAUUGUAUAUAUGAUGCCACAAUAUCAUGGAAAAUGUGUUUGCCCAAUCGUCGGUUCCAGCACAUUUUGAGGUUUUUCCACUCUUGUGUUCCUGUCCUUUUUCCAAAUUUUACUAUUGAACUAUGUUGAUCAUUUCUU